GGGAGUUUUUGCCGCUGCACAGGUCACAUGAUUAAGGGCGGAAGCUGAAUCAUAGGCCACGCCGAAUCUCCCGCGUACGCAGCGGCCAUUUACUCUUGCCUCUCGUCGCAGCACCACCGAUAAGUCUUUACCAUGGCUGUCCCAGUGGCCACUUUCAAGCUUGUGCUGGUAGGAGAUGGAGGCACCGGAAAGACAACUUUUGUCAAAAGGCAUCUGACAGGAGAGUUCGAAAAGAAAUAUGUUGCUACACUCGGAGUGGAGGUGCACCCCCUGGUCUUCCACACCAGCAGAGGACCACUGCGGUUCAACGUGUGGGACACAGCUGGCCAGGAGAAGUUUGGAGGCCUGAGAGAUGGUUACUACAUUCAAGCUCAGUGUGCCAUCAUCAUGUUUGACGUCACCUCCCGUGUCACCUACAAGAACGUACCCAACUGGCAUCGCGAUCUGGUGCGAGUGUGUGAAAACAUUCCCAUCGUGCUGUGCGGCAACAAGGUGGACAUCAAAGACAGGAAAGUCAAAGCCAAAAGCAUCGUCUUUCAUCGCAAGAAGAACCUGCAGUACUACGAUAUUUCUGCCAAGAGUAACUACAACUUUGAGAAGCCUUUCCUGUGGCUAGCAAAGAAACUAGCUGGCGAUCCCAACAUGGAGUUUGUGGAAAUGCCUGCCCUCGCUCCCCCGGAAGUUGCAAUGGACCCCAGCAUGGCCGCCAAGUAUGAGGAGGAGCUUCAAGUCGCAUCACAAACGGCACUCCCAGAUGACGAGGAUGACCUCUAACCUGUUCCCCGAGUCCCCCCACACCCCUCUGUGGAAGUUAACUUGUUGGUAUUUUGCCCCCAUAGCUGUAAACCCCUUAAGAUUUUUUUAUUUUUGAAAUCUUUUUCUGUUUUAAAACUGAGUUAAAAGGAAAAAAAGAAAUAAAACUUGGUUGAAAAGUUUCAGGUGCAUUUCACUGUAUAGACACAUCCACCCAGGUGUUAUUGGCAUGGCAAUAUGCUUCUCUUCUUAUCACCAUCCGCUGCACUUGACCCAGCUCACCAUGCUGUUGGAAGGUGAAUAAAGACGUUCUCAAGACAACA